UGUUUUGGCCAUGAUUCUAUUAGAAUCGAAGAGAAGGCUGACCGGUCUGGGAUCAGCGCUCCUCCGCACCUGCAGCGCAACGCGAUUUGCUCCGAGUUUGCAGCCAAGGUCUCGCGAGACUUCCCAAAUAACGCGGUCAUUUUUUCCGGGGAGGUAAGGUCCUGGAAGCUUUGUUAUAUGUUUUUGUUUUGUAUUAACAUUUUCUGCGAAAUAUCACCCACUUGCGCAUUGUAGUGUUUUAAAUGAUUAAAAUACCAACUCGUGUUUUAAACGGGAACUCGAAUUUUCUACAUUUAGAUGUAGUACCACACACGAGCGAUUUAAUUUUGAAGACUGAACAUGGCGCUCGGUUUGAACACACUGACUCACUGCGCUGUUUCCUUCACCUGGUUAGUUUUGGGUGCAGGGAGGAUAACCUAGGUUUACUUCACUUGGAGAACCAACUGUUCCAUGUGCCACUAAAUAUCAUUACUGCUCGGCUGUAAGAACAAAGUGAGCUAAGUAUCGCACACUCACAUCGUUUGUCCUUAUGUUUAAACGUUCUGUUUUGAUUAUGAAUUUGCUAUCUUGUCAGGGUUGGAUAAUAAUUAAGACACUAUUUUCAUACUUUGCCUAGUCAGUUCAUUCUAAUUCUUUAUUGAUAGUAGACAAUUACUUGGAUAAGAAGCAAUAAUAAUAAAUAAGUGAUAAUUUUGAACCCAUGAUAAUCUUUCAUGAUUGCAGUGUUGUUGUAACAAAAGAGAAAUGUGCACAAAAAAGUACAUUUACAUUGAUUGAUUCAUUCAGCAGAUGCUUAGUUUCUCUGAAGCAAUGUGUGCAACGACUACGAAGUGGUAUUUAGCAGACACCCCUAUCCACCCUCACUUAUUACAAACCAUGAUCUAGGCCUUUUUGUCCAGUGCAGGGUCGCAGUACUUCGGAACCCAUCCCAGAAGCACAGGACACUAGACUGGGUGAAUGAAGACUCCCUAAUCUGUGUUGCAGAAUGGCAAAUCCAACCACGUCACAUUUUGCCAUCCACUCAAAAGCACACAAGGACACAAUCUUGAACAAGUUUGACAAGCUGAGAAAGAAGGACUUACUGUGUGAUAUAACACUAAUUGUGGAGGAUGUCCACUUUAAGGCCCACAAAGCUUUGCUAGCUGCAAGCAGUGAGUAUUUUUCCCUAAUGUUUACUGCCGAGGGUCAUGUGGGUCAGUCCAUAUAUAAGCUGGAUGGCAUGGCUGCACAGAUCUUCAGUUCUGUCCUGGAGUUCAUCUACAGUGCUAAUGUGUCAGUGGAGGAGACUGCCACUAAGCAGCUCCUGGAUAUGGCCCACCUCCUGCAGAUCAGCGAUCUGGUGAAGGCCUAUGCAGACUGUCAGAGCUCUGUCUCGGUCAGCAAGGCAGCCACAGCAGCCCCUUCUUCAGGAGUUGGCUCAGAGACCCCCAAGCGCAAACGGGGCCGGCCAAAAAAGAGCACAAAUGCCAGCGAGACAUUGGUCGCAGCACAGCCCAAGUCAAAUGCUGCAGCUGAACCUGUUGCUGUGGCAGAGAUGCAAAGUGUACCAGCUGCCACAGGCUCCAGGGGCGAGGAAGCUCCAGAGGCCGAUGGAGAUGAAGAGUCGGACGCCUGUGUCGAGCCUUCUGGAGUUGAGGAUGCGGACUAUGACCCAAAAGCUAGCCGCAGCCGCUACAGCAAACGCAAGAUAAAGCCUACCAUGAAAUUAAAAGGAUAUAAGAUGGAGGAAGAGGUGUCUGAGAAGGCAGAGCCCGGCAGGAGGGGCAGGAGGCGGAAAUAUCCCAACACUGAAGCGCGAUGUGAAGACUGCGGGAAAGUCUUCAAAAAUCACCUGUUCUUAAAAAUACACCAGAGAACACAUACAGGUGAAAAGCCCUUUAGGUGUUUUGUGUGUGGGAAGGGCUUCACCCAGAAGCACACACUGCAGGUGCACCAGCGCAUGCACACAGGAGAAAAGCCGUUUGUGUGCACGGUGUGCUCGAAGGCGCUGUCUACCAAGCACUCCCUCCUGGAGCACAUGAACCUACAUACAGAGCAGAAAUCCUUCAGCUGUGAUCAGUGUGGGAAAAUAUACAGUCAGAAGAGGCAGCUGAAGAGCCAUUACAGAGUGCACACAGGUAAAGCUUUGCCAGAGUGUGAGCACUGCAAUCGGAAAUUUAUGGAUGCAGCUCAACUGAAGAAACAUAUGAGGACACAUACUGGGGAGAAGCCUUUCACCUGUGAGAUUUGUGGAAAGUGCUUCACAGCCAAAAGCACCCUGCAGACACACAUUCGGAUCCACAGGGGGGAGAAGCCUUAUGUCUGCAGCAUCUGUGACAAGUCUUUCUCGGACCCUAGUGCAAGGAGGCGCCACGUGGCCUCCCACGCUGGCAAGAAGCCUUUCACGUGUCCACUGUGUAGCCUGUCCUUUGCCCGACUGGACAACCUCAGAGCUCACACCAAGACUCAUAACAAGGAGAAGCCCACAGAAGCCUCGGAGGAGGCAGCUGCGGAAGACGCCAGUGGUGGGCAGGAGGAGGUCCGUGGCAUCCUGCAGCUCCAGCAGUACCAGCUUCCCACAGCAGGGGAGCAGGAGAUCCAGCUGGUGGUCACCAGCGAGGUGGACAACAUCAACUUUGUGUCUGGACAGGAACAGGGCAUCAGCAUCAUUGCCAGCGAGACCUCAGAGGGUGUAGGGGCAGAGCAGGCGCAGGGGCUCACCCUUCUGGCUCCACCUCCACAGCAUGUGCCAGGCCUGGCACUGGUCACACAGGGGGAACAGGCGCAGCAGAUCCAGGCCAUAAGCGUCCUGGAGGGGACGUCCGAGCGGAUGCACCUCAUCACCCUGAGCCGAGAGGCCAUGGAGCACUUGCAGGCCCAUCACGGACCGCCACAGCCACUGCCAGUCUCGCCAAGGCCUGCCCAGCAUCUGCACCUUAUGCAGCCACCCCUCCCACACCUGCCUGUCACCCGGGAGGCCUCUUCCCAACAGGUGCCCACUGACCGGGAACAGGGCCAGGCAAUCCACAUCAGCGGGCAGCCCACCCAAGCCAUCUCCAUCAGCCAAACCACAGAGCAGAUCCCCAGUCACCAGAUACAGGGGCAGACAUUCCAGAUACAGGCCGGCACAGUGUCCUACCUCUACACCACCAGUCUGGCCCCUCAGAACUGACCCUUCUCCCUUCACACAUGUAGUGUGAUUCAGUUACAAACUUGGAAACCCAAAUUGUUACCCAUUAUCGUUGUUUCUAAGUUGACUUUUAAAAUUUUUUCUUAUUUUUAUGUCUUGUGACUAGCAUCCCAUCCAGGGUGUACCCU